GUGGAUAUUAGUAGUGUCGCAUAGGAGCUAGGUCUGUCUGCUUUGUGACGUUGUAAAGCUGCAGAGAUGAAGGUGCCUCUGCCUCUGAGGAGCAAGAGCUUAAAGAAAAGCAGGGGACAUCCUUCAUGCAGCCUUUCCCUGCUGCUGCUCAUCGCAGGGGUUCAGUUCUUGGUGAUAGGCAAGCCUUUUCCAUCACUCUUGAUGGAUAGCAGGAGCUUCUUCAAUUUGGCAGAGGAGGAGUUCGUCCCUGAGCCUCAUGUGAGCUGCGAGUUCAACGACACGAGGUCCGACUUCUGCGAGCUGGCCGGCGCUAUCCGCGUCCGUGGAAGCACGUCGGAGGUCUUCAUCGUGACGCCUCGCCGCGGCACCACCGCGGGGGAUGUCGUGGGCGCGAACGCCACAUGGAUCGCCGCCGACGCGACAAGCUGGAAGAUGAAGCCGUACACGCGCAAGGGGGAGUCACGCAUCAUGAACGGAAUCACCGAGUUCACGCUGCGGCUCGCCUCCGCCAGCGAGGCUCCGGCGUGCGACGUGAUGCACGAGGACGUGCCCGCCGUGCUCUACUCCAACGGCGGGUACUGCGGCAACUACUACCACGACUUCAACGACAACAUCAUCCCUCUCUUCAUCACCACGCGGCACCUGGGGCGCGAGGUGCAGCUCCUGGUGACAUACAAGCAGGCGUGGUGGUUCGGCAAGUACGGCGAGAUCGUGGACGGGCUGACGCGGCACGAGGUGGUGGACCUCGACGCCGACGCGCGGGUGCACUGCUACCGGAGCGUGACCGUGGGGCUCAGGAGCCACAAGGACCUGAGCAUUGACCCGCGCCGCGCGCCGAACAACGUGUCCAUGGUGGACUUCAAGCGGUUCCUCAUGUGGCGGUACGGGCUACCCCGGGAGCACGCCAUCCGGACGGAGGAGGGUGACGAGGAGAGGAGGAAGCCGCGGCUGCUGGUCGUCACGCGACCGUCGCGGCGACGGUUCAUGAACCUGGAGGAGAUCAUGGCUGCGGCCGAGGACGUCGGGUUCGAGGUGACGGCGUCUGACCUGAUGACGCCGGCAAAGAAACCAGGCGACGAGAUAGUGAAGGACGACAGCGGGCAGGCGCGGAUGGCGGAGGCGUCGGCGACGGUGAACGCGUUCGACGCAAUGCUGGCGGUGCACGGUUCCGGGCUGACGAACCUGGUGUUCCUGCCGAUGAACGCGGUGGUGAUGCAGGUUGUGCCGCUGGGGCGGAUGGAGGGGUUGGCCAUGGACGAGUACGGGGUGCCGCCGAGGGACAUGAACAUGAGGUACCUGCAGUACAACAUCACGGCGGAGGAGAGCACGCUGUCGGAGCUGUACCCGAGGAGCCACCCGGUGUUCAUGGACCCGGGCCCCAUACACAAGCAGAGCUGGUCGCUCGUCGAUGAGAUCUAUCUCGGCAAGCAGGACGUCCGGCUCGACAUCGCCAGGUUCAGGCCCGUCCUCGAGAAGGCGCUCAAACUCCUCCGGUGACCGUAACAGUCGUGGCACUGAUCGACAUGACAACCGGCGCCGGCGAUCAAAGCAUGCACUGGUGUCGACGACAAGUACAUUGCACAAACAUAUAAGACAACCUUUUUUGUUCUUCUUAUUCUGUUUUCGCAUCGGAACUGAAAAUAGUGGUGUGCAAUCAGGGUAUCUAUAAUCUUUCUAUUCUUAAUAGAUGGUCCCAUUUUUCUGCA